GCGAUGCUGUCGGGCUCCUCCGGCUCUCUUUUUGCUGCUCAGAAGCGCAUAUGCACUCUGAUCACCACAGGUGUCGUCCGGGAACAGCACUGGGCUAGCAGAUCGUGCUAGCCGGAUGGGUAACGUUUCUACUGCGGUCAAGCACUGCCUGAGCUAUGAGAGUUUCUUGCUGGAUUAUCCUUGGUUUCCACGGCUCCUGUGGGAAGAGAAGUGCUCUGAACUGCCAAAGCUUCCACUUUGUGUCAAAAUUGUGGAGGUCGGACCAAGAGAUGGACUUCAAAACGAGAAGGAAAUAGUGCCGACAGAGGUCAAAAUCCAGCUGAUAGACAUGCUCUCUCAGACCGGGCUGCCCGUCAUCGAAGCCACUAGCUUUGUGUCUUCAAAGUGGGUAGCACAGAUGGCAGACCACACUGCAGUGUUGAGAGGGAUUAAAAGGUCUCCUGACGUUAGAUACCCUGUUCUGACUCCCAAUGCUCAGGGCUUCCAGGCAGCUUUUGCAGCAGGAGCUACUGAAGUGGCAGUGUUUGGUUCCGCCUCAGAGACUUUUAGCAGGAAGAACAUCAACUGCUCCAUAGAGGAGAGUUUGCAGAGGUUUGAGCAGGUCAUCUCUGCAGCCAAACAGGAAGGCAUACCAGUGCGCGGGUGUGUUUCACAGACACCAGCUUUCUUCUAUGUGUUUUCUUUGAGAUUUAGGCCAGUGCUCAUUAUUGGUUUAUUUUAUUGUACUUACAGCUGUUAUGAGGUAUCCCUGGGGGACACCAUUGGCGUAGGCACCGCGGGCUCCAUGGCCGAGAUGCUGAGCGAUGUGUUGACAGAGGUGCCCGUCAGCGCACUGGCGGUGCACUGCCAUGACACUUACGGUCAGGCUCUGCCCAACAUUCUCAUUGCUCUGCAGAUGGGGGUUUCUGUGGUCGACUCCUCGGUUGCAGGCCUCGGAGGAUGCCCGUAUGCCAAGGGAGCAUCUGGCAAUGUUUCUACUGAGGAUGUUUUAUAUAUGUUACAUGGUCUUGGAAUUGAAACCGGGGUGGACAUGUUGAAAGUGAUGGAAGCAGGAGAAUUCAUCUGCCGAGCCUUAAAUCGUAAGACUAACUCCAAGGUCAGCCAAGCUACUAAAACCAUCCGGCCUUUUCAUUCUAAGUGAUAAUACAUACAAUGUGUUCCAAAAGUCUAACCACAUUCAACCAAUGUACUGUAAACAUCACAAAAAUGCUUUCAGACUUUUAGCCUCUGCUAAAUGCUUUUACUUUGUUUGCCAUUUUAAAAACUGCUGAUGCAGUUUUCAAAUGAAUAAUAGCUACAAUAUACUGUGCCAAUAACAGGAAACAUGGGCAUUUUAUGCCAAGAAAU